GCACUAUACUGAAAGUAGCUUUGGACGUGACCAGUAGACAGUUCCGGCAAAUGCGCUGGACAAGAGAUUCCUGAGAACAUUAGACAUGUGUUAAUGAAAGUUAAUUUUCCAAACAUAUAUGACGUUUCCAAAGAAGACACUUUUAGCACGUUUCAAUUCAAUCGGAAUAUAAUCUUUUAGGAUUGUUUUUUUUCCCAAAAAUAAAUUGCAUUUUAACAAGGUCGAAAUACAUUUUUAAGAAGUGAAAAAUGAACGAACCAAGGAUUCUGCUCGCCUGUUUGGUGAUUUUCAUAAAUUUCAACAUAUGCAGCGCCAAGGAGCUGGCGUUUCUACUGGAGCCCAGCGAUGUCAUUGCUGUGAGGGAUCGGCCGCUGAUGUUGGACUGCGAGGUAGAGGGUGAGGGGCCCAUUUUGGUCACGUGGCGCCGGAGUGGGAUGCCCGUGGUCACUGGGCAGCGGGUCCAGAUACUCCCCAAUGGGACCCUCUUCAUCCAGAGCUUCCAGAAACGGCGAGACGGAGGUGAAAGCGAGACAGACGUCGGAGAGUAUGACUGCGCUGCCCAGAACCGCUUUGGCAUGCUGGUCAGCCGCAAGGCCCGGGUUCAGUUGGCAUCACUCCCUAAAUUCCACACCCACCCUGAAUCCAUGUCAGUGAAUGAAGGUGGUGUGGCUCGAUUCCAGUGCCAGGUCAAUGGGGUGCCCGAGGCUAACAUCACCUGGGAGAGAGACAGAACCCCACUCAGUACAACAGACAACAGGUACAUUCUCCUCCCCAUGGGUAUCCUCCAGGUGACCGGUGUGAGGAGGGUGGACGCUGGCGUCUACCGCUGCAUGGCCUCCAACAUCGCUAACAGGCGCUUCAGCCACGAAGCUCUGCUCAAUGUCACUGGUGGGGCUUCUAGGAUCUACAAGGAGCCAGCUAUCCUGUCGGGGCCCCAGAACCUGACCAUCACUGUCCACCAGACUGCCAUUUUGGAGUGCAUUGCCACAGGGAACCCCCGGCCCAUUGUGUCCUGGAGCAGGCUGGACGGACGCUCCAUCGGGGUGGAGGGCAUCCAGGUUUUGGGUACUGGCAACCUGAUGAUCUCUGACGUGUCGCUGCAGCACUCGGGCGUGUACGUGUGCGCCGCCAACCGCCCCGGAACGAGGAUGAGGCGUACGGCGCUGGGACGCCUGGUGGUGCAGGCUCCGCCUGAGUUCAUGCAGUGGCCGCAGUCUGUCUCAAAGCCAGCAGGGGGCAGUGCUGUGUUCACCUGUGUGGCCCAGGGUGUUCCAGAGCCUCACCUCAUUUGGCUGAAAAAUGGCAAGAUCCUGACCCCUGGUGACAAUGUUAAGCUUACCAACAACAACAGCACCCUGGCUGUGACCCGUAUCACCUCAGAGGACGAGGCUAUCUACCAGUGCAUCGCUGAGAACACGGCCGGCACCAACCAGGCCAGUGCCCGUCUGGCUGUGUCCCUGGGCAAGGAUCUGCCCGACUCCCCCCAGGGCCUCACGGCCGCGGCCCUGUCCCCCAGCACGCUGCAGCUCACCUGGACCCAGCCCCCGGCCGAAAUCACGGACGGCAUCAUUGGCUACGUGCUCCACAUCCGCAAGAUCGGCGAGCCAGACAGCAGAGAGCUACAGGAAGCAGUUAGUAAAACCACCUUCCAGCAUGACUUCACCAAUCUGGAACCAGCCACCACCUAUUCCAUUUACCUCAAGGCCUACUCUCCUCUGGGUGCCAGCCAGCAGUCCAGCACUGUGGUUGCUACAACACAAGGAGGCGUCCCCACCUCCCCUACCUUCUUCACCAAGACGCUGAACUCCACUGCAGUCCAGGUACUAUGGGAACUCCCCAGCAGGCCUGGCAAAGCAGAGGGCUUCAGGCUCACCUACCGCAGGGUCCCCCACGCCGAUUUCCAAGGACCGGUUCAGUUCCCUUGCCACGUGAAUGCCCACAUCAUCUCCCAUCUUGAAACCGGUGCUGUGUAUGAAGUCAAGUUGGUGGCCUACAAUGGGAAUGGUGAGAGUGAUUCCUCCAAGAGGUUGGUCUCACUGGCUAAAGAGGGCGCCAGCGCCAAAACCCGGGGUGGGGAGACCCAGUGUAACUGUAGACAGGACGGCGAUGACUCCAUGGGUGGCAUUGUUAUUGGCAUUCACAUCGGCAUGGCCUGCAUCAUUUUCUGUGUCCUCUUCCUGAUGUUUGGAUACCGUCGCAGUCUGUUCUGCAGUAAAGGGACACAGGAUAGUUGGUCCGUGCCGAGGAUGGACAAUGUGGGACAGCUGGGACAAAAUGGAAUCCCCAAACAGGGCAUCACACGCCCGGCAGAAGUUGCCUUCGAAUUAGUGCCUCAGAGUUGUGACUCCACCUCUCAGGGAGGGGCAUCGCUGCCUCUGCCCCAGUGCCAGGUUCUGAUUGAGCAGCACUCGUCUGGUUUGCCUGGCACAGGCUCUGGCUAACACUGGCUAAUAGCCCCUCCCUAAACUACCCUUUACAAAACCUUACCCACCCUCCAUCCCCAAAAUUUGCCUCAUGAUGGUUCCUCCACCUUCCCUGUCCAACCAAAGUUCCCCUCACCCUAGUGUCUUGCAGUGCUAGUGGUUGUCCAUAGAAAACCUGCUGCUAAUGAAAAAAGUCUCAAAGGUAGCUGAGGGACACAAAGCUUCAUGUUUCAACUGCACUCUCUCACCUUCUCUCGCUUCACUUAAACCAAAGUCAAAAGCCUUUAUGUUUUAUGCACAAGUACGUGCUAAUGCAGAAAUGCCUCCUCCUCAUUCAUCCUAUUUAAGUCAGGCUUUCCAUGCAACAAAAAUAGGAAAUGUUAUGUUACCAAGGGGAGCAUCUAUAACCAAAAUGUUCUCUUUGUAUGGCAUCCUCCUGGUAACAGUACAUGCACCAACUCUGUGUUUACAAGGAUCCAGCUUAUGCCAAAUACAGUAUAAUGACUUACUGGGGUCUUUUAGAAUCUCUAUAUAAGUAGCCUUAGCUUUGCGAUACGAAACAGACGACAAUUAGUGGCCUUGCUGAUAGCCUUAUGGAGGUAUGAGUCUGAUCGAGUUGAUUGUCUUUAUCACCGUACUAGCCUCGAGACAGGUCAAGGUCUGGAGGAACCACCUUCCCCUUCCCAACCCCCUCCCCCCCUUCGCCCCAAACCACCCAAACCAAAAGCUGAGAACCUCCAAAUAUCUUCUAUAUUUCUCCAAUGUAAAUGUAAAAUAUAAAGAUAGCUACCUCAGUCUGAUGAGAACGUCCAAGCCAUAGAUGUGGCAAACUUUAGCCUGCCGGAUGCUGUUUGAGCAAGUCUACCUCAGAGCCAAAAAGAGAAACCCUAUACCCUCGAUCCCCCUUCACUCUGUGUGCCAAUGCCAGUGUCCCGUGCCAGCCGUCGCCACGGCCCCAUGCCAGGGUACCCUCCUGGAGGAUUGCCAAGGAGAGCCAAACAGUGACAGUGUCUGAGUGUUACUCUUCCCCAUUGCCUCUCAACUCAACACCUUCCUUAGCCAAAUAAAAUGCUGUCUUCUGUCAUGAAGGCUAGCCCUUGUCCUCGACACGGAAAUCCCGAGCCAGAUCUCAGUCCGGUUCAAGGCCUGAAGAGAUCCAACGUAUUUGGUAUUUUUCCUUUAAGAGGCAGGGAUGACCUUUAAGUGUUUGUUGAUCAUGCUUGCAACAACACCUGUAUAAAUGUCCAUAUCCAAAGACAUAUAUGAGACUGGAGGUUAUCUCAUUUUAAACAUGGACCUUAAAGAACAUAUCAACGAUCCUUUUCCGAGGAGGUAUGCUCUGGCAUUUUUCUAGUAAAAAAAAUGUAACAAAAAGCAACCAACCUCAGAGAAGUUGCUUGCUUGUUUUGCACAAGUCAAAGGCAUUUCAAAAAGGUUUCUGCCCCAAAGCCACACGUGAUUGUUGCCAGUGGUUGGCUCUGCCGCUGUUAAGUCGGUCAUUCGAACUUGUGGGUGCUGUGAGUUGAUGGCUACAAAGGUUUUGUUGUUUCCUGGGAGCUAAUGGAGAUACUCACCUGGAACGCAUGGACACGGCACUAGUUUCUACUGUAGAAUACCUUGUCAGCUUAUCCAAAAAUGGUUUUGAAUGAAAACCAAGCUGAAUGAUGUCCAAAGAUGUAAAAUGUGUUAUCGUUUUCGUUUAUUAUCUUCAUAACAUUUGAAAAGUCACUGUUUUCCGAUUUUUGUUGUUCCUGUUUUAAGAGUUAGCCAGUUAAAAAAUUGCUUUAACUGAAACUAAGCCAAAAACAUUAUUUUUGAUUUCAUUGCUAUUAUAGGAUACAAUAAUUAGCUUUCUUUAAUGAAAGUUAGUCCUUUUAUAUGGAACUUCUUGGCUUGCCCCUUUUGACAUGGAACUGUCAUAUUUUGUUUAUUGUAUCUGUUAACUUUUAAAGAUUAACCAAAUGAAAAUGGGAUAUAUUUUCAAGGAGAUUUUCUAUGUUCAUACAAAAAGGAGUACUUGUUCUUUCUCUUUCUAAUAGCAGAGUUGAAAUUGCCAAAUAACUAGCCUUCUUAUGAAAAAUAUAUUGUGACCAAAUACCUUUUACAUUUUAACAUUCACAGUCUUUACCUUUGUAUGACACUUAGCAAUGACCAAAGCACAGAAACAUUAGUGUAUGUAUGACAUUACAUGUGUACAGUAGAUCAGUAUAUAUGUGUGUAUUCUGUGAAUGGCUGAACAUUUUGUAAACCUUGAAGUCAAAAUAUGCCAACAGGAACCACCUCAAACAGCUUUAAAUUCUUAACACAACAUGACAGGAUAAACCAAAGAACAUAUCUAACAUAACUAUUGUAUUGAUACUCAUAUUUUUGAUAUUCUCACUUAGUUGUGUUAAGCUUAAAACUGAGCUGUUAUUGGAGUCUUUACCUGGGUAUCUUGGUGCCAAAGAAAAACAGACCCACAUUGGCUUUCAAAUUUCAAUGAAAAGACCUAAAGAGGUGAGUUUCCUAAUGAAGCACUACAAUCCUCAGUUUUCGUGUCAAACUCCUAAUGAGUGUUAAAGGUUUACGCAAAAAACAUUGCAGUAUUACAGUCUAACCAAGACUUCUACUCAAAUUCUUGUUUCUUAUUUUAUAAAUGAAUGAUGUGAAACAAAUGUGACACUAAAAGAAAAAAGUGUAUUUGGAGAUGUUUUUUUUUUAAAUACAUUUUUCAUGUGAUGUUGUGUAGCGGUAAAGUUAGAUUUGUUAUUAUUGAAAUAUGAAUAUUUGCUGGUUCUUUUUGUAGAACUUAAUUUCCCCUCUUUUUCUGACUGAACAUUUAGUUCUUCCUGCUGUGGUUGGUAAAAGUUGCAAAAACCGAUGUUAUGUUAAUUUUUUGAAUGUUAUUAUUAAUAUUAAUGUGGUUUUAUUUUACCUAAACACUUUACCUAAACAAAUGUAAAGAUGCUAUGGAAAUGUUUGUUAGAAAUUUAAGAGAAACACAAGGCAAGAAAAUGGGAUGUUGGUUUGCCCUUAAACAAGCAUCUAUUCAAGUAUUUUCUGGCACUGAAGCCUUAAAAAGUCCCAUCAUUUAUAAGCCCCAUCAUUUAUAAAAAAAAGUUGUAGAGAACUAGAAGCUGUUUGCUAGGACCACUGAGAAAUAUACACUGAUUUAAAGAGAUUUUUUUUUGCUUUUGGAAACAUUCUUCAAGUGAAUAUAUAAUAUGAAACUGAAAACCCCAAAGCUUUAAACUGUUUUGAGACUAGGGUUGGAGGGCCAAGAAAGUAAGACUAAGGGCCAAGAAAGUAAGACUGUUAGUGAAGCUGUAGCCAUAGAGACUAAUCUGUCUGAUGUAUCAUAUGCUUGUAAUGUUCAUUUUUACCAGUUGCAUGGUUCAGAGAACAGGUUUGAUUUCAUUGUCAUACAGAAUCGUUUCUAGAGCAAAAUUAUAAAUUUCCAGACACAGUUACGUAAAUGACCAUAAAUAUGCCAUGCUACUGUUUCCAUAAUCACACAGAAAUGUAUCCCUCUGACCCAUUAUCUUUUCAUCUUGAAACAUAGAACAAGUAGGUCAUCUUAGUUACACAAUGUUUUCUUCAGAUUAAUUAGCACAAACAUUUCAGAUUAUAUACUUUGGGAAAGAUAUUGCAGUGAUUGCUUUACCCUCCUUUGCAUUGUAGAAAUCACCAUGGUCGAUGAAAGACAAAACAAAGUGUUGCUUAUUUAUUCUGACUGCUGUCUGUUUGCACAUAAUGUUUUUACCAUUAAAUGGGCUGUUUUGCCUCAUUCUAUCCUUGGUAGGUCAGGACUGAAUGGAAUUCCCCCCUUAACAACCUUUGCAAAUAAUUCAUAAUUCAGCUUGGUCUCUAUAUACGGCAUUUCUUUUUUUUUAUUUAAAGACUUUUAUUAUGUCUUUAUUUUUACUGUCUGCUCUUCCACGCUCAAAUUCCAAUGCGACUAAACCAAAUAAACUUU